AUGUCUGGCGCGAGCGUACCCCCCCUCACUCCGGUGCUCAAUGGAGCUACCAAAUUUGCUUGGAUGCCCACCGACAUUGCUCAGAGCUUUGCCGACUUUACAGUCUUUAAUUCGGUUGCCCUCGGCAUGAUCGCUUGGGACGUCGUAUCCAACGCCCUUUUCGAUCUCGGCGUGCUCAUCGAAAUUGGCCAGAGCUUCAAACGCAGACCCACCGUAGCGCUGCUCAAUGGCGGCGUGUACUACCUCUUGUCGCGCAUCUUCACACUCGUAUUCAUCAUCCUCGGCGUCGUCUUUCUCACCGUCGGCAGCGGAGUCGACUGCCAAGCGCUUUGGGAUGCGUUUUCCAUCAUGAACGCGCUCGGUACAAGCUUCACUUCGUUGUUGUUGGCACUGCGCAUCAUUGCGCUCUACGGACUCAAUCUGCGCAUCACCGUGCCGCUACUCGUCGCUUGGGUCAUUGUUCUCGGCGCAGACUUUACCCUACGAUGGAGCGAGAAUGGCUUGCCCUUGCCGGAUGGUGCAGGCAAUCAGCUCGGAUGCGCACUCUCUCCCGUCCCAAAGUCGUACGGCUACACGAAUCUCCUCGCCACGCUCAUCUUCGACGUCAUCUGCUGCGUCCUCAUCUUUGCCAAAUUGCGAUCCUUGUCGAGCAGGACGGCCCAGGCUACCGGCACCUCGUCGUCGACCAAACGUCCUUUGCUGGAUCUCGGCGAAGCGGGCAGCCUGAGCGGCAGAAUCGGUCGUCAGACCAUCAUCACGUACACGAUCACGAGCGUUUCUGCGAUUGCCGCCUUGACGCUUCAAAACGUCUCUUCCCUCAACGGUCUGCAACGCGUCAUGUGGCCUUCGACGCACUUGGUGCUGUCCAAUCUCCUCGCAUCGAUGAUGUUUCGCGAUCUGAGGCAGAACAGGCCGACUUCGAUGUCCACAUGGGGCCGACCGGGUGUGGGUUCUGCAAGUCAUGCGCCGAGCGACCCCGCCACGAGUUUCAAUGCCAGGACGGCGGGACGCAGCUUCGAUGUGCGCAAGCCUGCCGCGGAUGGUUUCAACACUGCAGGUCACGUCAACAUCCCCAUGCAAGCGACGGCGACGGCGGCGCCUCCCUGGAACAUUCACCAGAGUCCAGCAUCUGCAUCGUUUGAUCAGAUGCAUGCUGGAUGGUCCAAGGCGGAUUUGUAG